UGGCGCUAAAAGUUUUGAGCUCUUCAAAAGUCCAGAGCCACCAUCCUGGCCGCGGUGGCCGCUGGUCUCCGGGGUCAUCUAACGUCCGACCUCGGAGCGUGCAUCCCAGGACGGUGACACCCUCCCCUGAGCUUCGGCGGCCACACAACCUUCCAGGGAGCUACAAUGGAAGAAUCGCAGGCAGAACUCGGUGUGGAGCCCCCUCUGAGUCAGGAGACAUUUUCAGACUUGUGGAACCUACUUCCUGAAAACAACCUUCUGUCCUCCGAGCUCUCCGCACCCGUGGAUGACCUGCUCCCGUACUCAGAAGAUGUUGCCACCUGGCUGGUUGAAUGUCCGAAUGAAGCGCCCCAAAUGCCAGAGCCUCCUGCCCAAGCUGCCCUGCCACCAGCCACCUCCUGGCCGCUGUCGUCCUUUGUCCCCUCCCAGAAGACCUACCCUGGCAACUACGGUUUCCGUCUCGGGUUCCUGCAUUCCGGAACAGCUAAGUCUGUGACCUGCACGUAUUCCCCUUCCCUCAACAAGCUGUUCUGCCAGCUGGCCAAGACCUGCCCAGUGCAGCUAUGGGUCGACUCACCGCCCCCGCCCGGCACCCGCGUCCGCGCCAUGGCCAUCUACAAGAAGCUGGAGCACAUGACGGAGGUUGUGAGGCGCUGUCCCCACCAUGAGCGCUCCUCUGACUACAGCGAUGGUCUGGCCCCGCCUCAGCACCUUAUCCGGGUGGAAGGGAAUUUACGUGCGGAGUAUUUGGACGACCGGAACACCUUUAGACACAGUGUGGUGGUGCCCUAUGAGUCCCCCGAGAUUGAGUCUGAGUGCACCACCAUCCACUACAACUUCAUGUGUAACAGCUCCUGCAUGGGGGGCAUGAACCGGCGGCCCAUCCUCACCAUCAUCACACUGGAAGACUCUCGUGGUAACCUGCUGGGACGGAACAGCUUUGAGGUGCGUGUUUGUGCCUGUCCUGGGAGAGACCGCCGCACUGAGGAAGAAAAUUUUCGCAAGAAGGGGCAGUCUUGCCCCGAGCCACCCCCUGGGAGCACUAAGCGAGCACUGCCCAGCAGCACCAGCUCCUCUCCACAGCAAAAGAAGAAACCACUGGAUGGAGAAUAUUUCACUCUUCAGAUCCGUGGGCGUAAACGCUUUGAGAUGUUCCGAGAGCUGAAUGAGGCCUUGGAGCUGAUGGAUGCUCAGGCUGGAAGGGAACCAGGGGAAAGCAGGGCUCAUUCUAGCCACCUGAAGUCUAAGAAGGGGCCUUCUCCUUCCUGCCAUAAAAAACCAAUGCUCAAGAGAGAAGGGCCUGACUCAGACUGAUGUCUUCUGCUUCCUGUCACCGGUUGACAUCCCCACCCUCACCCCCCGCCCCUUCCCUGGCAUUUUUUGAGACUCAGGUGCUUAGACCUCUGCUUGGUGCAGGUGCGCCUUAGAAACCCCCUGGGAUUCUUCGUCUGCUCAGCCUGUGGCUCUGCCAAAGAGGCAGACCUGUGCUCAUGGUUUUCUGGGGAUUUGGGGGGUGCUGGCGCUUUCCAGCUUAGCUUUCAAGGUUUUUACUGUGAGCAGCGUUCAGGAGAGGUCAGAAGCUGUUCCUGAAUGGGAGGAACAUCGUAUAACCAGCCAUACACUGGGUUGGAAAACUCAGUCCUCUGCCAUACUAGCCAGGGAAGCUAUCUUAAGUUGUUCGAUUUUCUCCUGACUUCAUUGUUCACAUCUAUAAAAAACUGAUAAUCAUAACCUACCUCACGGGGGGUUUGUUGUGAGGGUUAAUGAAAUAAUGUAUGUCUGGCCCCAAAACCAUCAUUUGAUUCUGUAAUGUCUGGGACUUAGUGCCUUUUAUGGGUGCUGGUCCUUUGUCCCCCUGGGUGGAUGAUUUGACAGUUUCUGACUGGAUGGCUGGUUAAAGGGAAGAAGUCUCCAAGUCCCUUCUCUUCUGGCCCUGCCAGAUCAUAACCCCUUGGUGAACCUCAGUGCCAAAGGGGAAAGCUCACCUUAUCCUGGAUCCCAGUGGCUUCCGUCCGUGCUGUAUCUGCCAUUUCCCCCAAAUGCUUCCGCAGAUUCCUUCUGUGCUCUGCAGGGCACAUCUGCAUGUGUCACUCACACCCCUCCUCUUCCCUUUUUAUAUCCCAUUUUUUAUAUCAAUUUCUUAUUUUACAAUAAAACUUU